AAAAAUAAAAGGAAGAAAAGAAAGUCUAAAUAGCAUAGUAGUAGUGUAGUAGUAAAUCUAGAAAGUGGGUGCGGUAUCUUUCACAAGAUUUUUCUAUUCUCUCUUCUUCUUCCUCCUCUCCUUCCCUCCUCUCCUCUUGCACCUCCCCUUGUCCCCUCUCCAUCACCAUCUCAUCCAUCUGCUCCAGCUCUUCUCCUUCUUCUUCUUGUCUUGGGGUGGGUGGUGGAGGAGGAAGAGGAGGUUAGGGUUUGAUUAGGGAGUGGGUGGAUAGAUUGGUUGAUUGGUAGGGGGUGGUUUGGGUUUUGGUGUUUGUGUGUGGAGAGGGAGAGAUGGACCCCAAGUUCCCCCCACCCCCACCGCUAAACAAAACGGAGCCCACCACGACGGCCACCACCGUCACCGCCACCAACCAGCACCAGCACCAGCACCAGCAGCAGCUGGAUCCGAAGCAGUACCAGCAGGAGGAGCAGCGGCGGCGGCUGCAGAUUGAGGUGCAGGAGCAGCAGGAUGGGGGAGCGGGGAAGGAGCAGCAGGUGGUGGGGGAGAGGAGGGUGCAGGGGCUGGGGCCGAAGCGGAGCUCCAACAAGGACCGCCACACCAAGGUGGACGGGAGGGGGCGGCGGAUCCGGAUGCCGGCGCUGUGCGCGGCGCGGAUCUUCCAGCUGACGAGGGAGCUGGGCCACAAGUCCGACGGGGAGACCGUGCAGUGGCUGCUGCAGCAGGCGGAGCCGGCCAUCGUAGCCGCCACCGGGACGGGGACCAUACCGGCGUCGGCGCUGGCGUCCGUCGCGCCCUCGCUCCCGUCCCCGAACUCCGCGCUCUCCAGGUCGCACCACCACCACCACAUGUGGGCCGCCCCGGCGGCGUCCGCCGGCUUCUCCGGGGCCGGGUUCCUCAGCUCCGCUGGCGCCGCCGGCGACUCCGGGGGCAUCGGCGGCCUCAUGCAGCGGAUGGGGAUCCCCGCGGGGAUCGAGCUCCACGGCGGGGGCGCGGGGGCCCUGGGCGGCGGCGGCGGCGGCCACAUCGGGUUCGCCCCCAUGUUCGCCGGUCAUGCGGCGGCGGCCAUGCCGGGGCUGGAGCUAGGGCUGUCACAGGACGGCCACAUCGGCGUGCUCGCCGCGCAGUCGCUCAGUCAGUUCUACCACCAGGUCGGCGGCGCCGGGGCCAGCGGUCAACUGCAGCACCCGCACCAGCAUCACCAACACCAGCAGCAGCAGGAGGACGGCGAGGACGACCGCGACGACGGCGAGUCCGACGAGGAGUCCGGGCAGUAGUAGUUCAUCCACGUUGUCUCUCGGAGAAGAAAGGAGAACGCAAGGAGAGAACAGUGUAUGCAUGCAGCUAUUGCUAUUGUGCGGGGAUGCUUUACUUACUGUUGGGUUGUUCUUCAUGGGGUUUUUAUGUCUGAUUUUUCCCUCGUGUGGUGUCGAAACUCAAAAGAAUGAGGCUACUUGCUCCGGCGGCUUGGUGGGAUGGAUCAUGAUCAUCAUCUUCAGCUCAUACUCCUGCUGCUCCAUGGAUGAUAGUUGGUUUAUUCCCUCCCAAGUGUUUAGGUGUAUAAUAGCUGAGAAGCUGGACGGAUUGGAUCAUCGCUGUCGAGUGAGUGCCUUAUUUGUUAUUGCAGGUCAUGUAGAUAUUCAGGUAUUUUUGCAGUUAGAGAGGUCUUUUUCUUUUUACGGGAGUGGUGAUCCGCUUAUGUACGACAAAUACGAUGUCCGGCAAACCGAUCCUCACCCACGGGCUGUUUCUGCAACGCAAAGAUGAUGCAUAUACAUUUUUAGAGGCCUGAUUCUAUAUGCUUAUUUGCUUAUUCUUUUAUGGGAUGUUGUAUGAUGUUGAUUUCAUGGUUUCUCCUAGUUUUCCCCUUGGUUUUUGCAGCACACUUUACUAUUUUAGUCAGCUUCUUGAUGUAGGGUGACCUGUCUAUUAAUAGAAUGGAGCAGCAGAAACAUCAACAAAUGUGUGCUUGCAGACAUGGAUUGUGUCAUGGUGAAAUGUUUUAGUGUUUCUUUGUAGAGAGUGUUUCACACUUUUAAUACCCCAUAUAUAGCACAUGAUUAUAUAGUAGAGCAAAUGCUGCUUGAUUGAGAAACAUAACUCAAAAGCUUUGCACCUUACCUCAUAUAUAGCUUUCACUGUUUAAUUUCAUACCCAAGUUC